AUGGCUUCUCCGGCCAAUCCAAGAUCCCCACUCCAGCGCCUCGCCACCUUCAAGACCGUGGCCACGCCCACUCCAACCGCCGUCUCCGCCACUCCAACCCCCUUCUCUUCCUCACCAUCAUCCCACUUGGACACUUUCUCCUCCGACGCGAUCUUCUCCGCGUUCCUCUCCCCGGACUUCAAUCCCACUCAAUUUUCCUCCGCUGCCCUCUCCUCCGGCUCCGCCGCCUCGAGGAUCGAGAAACUCCAGGAGGGCCUCCGCCUUCUAGACACCCAGCUGCGCCAUGAGGUCCUCUCGCGCCACCACGAGCUCCUCGAUCAGCUCUCUUCCGUCAAGCUCGCCGAGUCCUCCCUCUCCUCCCUCCGAUCCUCUCUCUCCUCGCUCCAGUCAUCCGUCCGCCGGGCCCGAGCCGAGCUCUCGGAGCCCCAUCGGGCCAUCGAAGUCCAGACCCGUCAGCUUAACAAUCUACACUCCACCUCAUUAUUGCUUCAGUACUCCAUCCGCGCUCUCCGUCUCAUCCAGAAGCUGAGGAACCUCGUAGACUCACAACCUGAUUCAUCGAAAUGGGAUCUAUCCAAGGCAGCGCAGCUCCAUUUCGAGAUUUUGACCCUUUACAACGAGUACCAUUUGUCUGGUAUUGAUGUGGUGGACACAGAAUUGAAAUGGGUCACAGAGAUCGGAUCCAAGAUCCGGGAAGAGGGGAUGAAGGUGUUGGAAAAGGGUCUCGAGAGUUUGAACCAACCGGAAGUUGGGUUAGGUUUGCAGGUGUUUUAUAACAUGGGGGAAUUGAGGGGCACUGUGGAUGGACUAGUGAGCAAGUACAAGCAAAUAGGGGUGAAGAGUGUGAAUACUGCUCUGGAUAUGAAGGCAGUCUCGGGAGGUGGGUAUGGAAGUGGAGGGCCUGGAGGGGUGCAGCGACACGGGACCCCACAGAUUGGGAGUGGGGCCAAGGCAAGGGAAGCUCUUUGGCAAAGGAUGAGUGGUUGUAUGGAUCAAUUGCAUUUGGUUUUGCUAGCAGUUUGGCAUUUGCAGAGGGUGUUGUCCAAGAAGAGAGAUCCAUUCACGCAUGUUCUUUUGCUAGAUGAAGUGAUGCAGGAUGGUGAUCCAAUGCUGACAGACCGUGUUUGGGAUGCUUUGACAAAAUCCUUUGCAAGCCAAAUGAAAUCUGUUUUCACAGCAUCAAGCUUUGUCAAAGAGAUAUUUACAAGUGGUUAUCCAAAAUUGGUCAUGAUGAUAGAGAAUCUUCUUGAAAGAAUCUCACGCGAUACUGAUGUCAAAGGAGUUCCACCAGCUCUCAGUUCUAAAGGAAAGGAACAAAUGGUAGCUUCGAUUGAGAUCUUCCAGAACGCGUUUUUAGGCCUUUGCUUAAACAGACUGUCGGAUCUUGUGAACUCCGUGUUUUCAACGUCAAACCGUGGGGGUGUUCCCUCUAAAGAGCAUAUUGCAAGGAUUACAUCCCGAAUUCAGGAAGAAGUUGAAGCUGUGCAGCAGGAUGGGCGUUUGACUCUCCUUGUCUUGCGUGAAAUCAACAAAGUUCUAAUUCUACUUGCACAAAGAGUCGAAUACCAGAUAUCAACCGGGCCCGAAGCCCGCCAGAUAACUGGCCCUGCAACUCCAGCACAGGUCAAGAACUUCACUUUGUACCAACAUCUCCAAGAAAUCCACAUACGCAUCACAUCCAUGUUAGCCGGAUUACCCACUGUAGCCUCAGACGUCUUAUCCCCGGCUCUUGGCGCCAUACAUGGGGUCGCUGUUGAUUCUGUGACCUCUUUAUUUCAAGCCAUGCUCGACCGUCUCGAGUCAUGCAUCUUGCAGAUUCAUGAUCAGAAUUUCGGCACACUUGGCUUGGAUGCUGCCAUGGACAGCAAUGCAUCCCCUUACAUGGAAGAAUUGCAAAAGAACAUUAUCCACUUCCGGGCCGAGUUCCUGUCCAGGCUCUUGCCGUCCUCUGGAGCCAUCUCCACUGGAAUCGAAACCAUAUGCACGAGGCUCGUGAGGAGCAUGGCUUCCCGGGUUUUAACGUUCUUUUUGAGGCAUGCCUCACUCGUCCGGCCACUUUCUGAAUCAGGAAAGCUGAGGAUGGCACGGGACAUGGCCGAGCUCGAAUUGGUUGUUGCUCAGAAUUUGUUCCCUGUGGAGCAGCUCGGCGUGCCUUACCGUGCUCUUCGGGCUUUUAGGCCCGUCAUUUUCCUGGAGACAUCUCAGCUGGGUUCGUCCCCGCUUCUUCAGGAUCUCCCGCCUAGCGUCGUGCUUCACCAUAUGUAUUCGCGUGGGCCCGAGGAUCUACAGUCGCCUCUACAGAGGAACAAACUCACGCCCCUCCAGUAUUCACUGUGGAUGGAUUCUCAGGGUGAAGAUCAGAUAUGGAAAGGAGUGAAAGCCACUUUGGACGAUUAUGCCGCGAAAGUAGGGGCAAGAGGGGACAAGGAAUUUAGCCCUGUCUAUCCUCUGAUGAUGAAAGUGGGGGCUUCGAUAACACAAAAUGUGUCGUAA